GAGGCUAAUGAGGAUUACUGAACGAAUUAGCUUUUAUCGACUCGCAGGUCAAUGAGAAUUUCACUCACCUUAAGAUUCUGUUCUGAAUAAUGUGGUGGAUUAGCCGUUCCCGUCACGAUUCCUCCAAGUGGAGGUCUAUGCCUGUUGGAGAUUUCGGCAGCAUCUGAGGCUUGGGAGCUCAUAAGGCGAAGUCUGUGCACUCAGCUUCCAGGUCGGAGUGAGUCUGAGCUCCUUAGGCUACCUGUUCCUUCAAACUGAGCACACUCCGCCGAGUUUAUUCUCCUCGAUAGACUUUUUAGAGGGUGUUGUUUGAUUGAACUGUGAUGGCAGUUAUUAUUCCUGCGUCUGUGAAGUCGGUUGUCGAGCAUGGCUUUGGAUCUUUCUGUGCAGAAAGGGCGCAUGGGAGUAGGAAUGUGAGAGGAUGGGGCGGUACCUCAUUGCUGCCGGAGAGAGUUUCGUCAAGUAAAUUCUGUUCUUCUUCCGGUUCUAGGAGUAUAUCUGCGGGAAAAAGGGGUCGGUAUCCUCAUGUGUCAAACUCCAACAAGAGAGGAAUCGCGCGGUGCUCAACCGUGCCAGGAGAUGGUGCCUCAGCUGGAGAUGAAAAAAAUUCAGGAAAAAGCUCCAGCUCGAAAACAUUGCGUUGGGUUGAAGAAGACGUCGUAGUCUCUAGCAGCGCUGAAACCGGUGGGCGAGAUGUCUUCGUCGUGCAAGCCUUAUCGGAGGACACCGAGAACUCUACUGUACUGGACAGCGCAACUGAAAUGUUGACAGGGUUGCUUCAGAGCGAUCGGCAGCAGCCAGUUAGUGGUGUAUAUUGUGUGGACCAGUUAAGAAUGGAGCUCAUGGAAUCCAACUUGAGAGGAAAUGAGGUGCAGACCAUGAGUGCUACCAUGUACAGACCCAAGCUGUUCUGGUUUGUACAUUCCGAAGUUGAGGAGAACAAAUACCUUGAUAGAACUGUUAAUGCACUACUUGUUGGAGGUGCCAUUUUGUAUGCGAUCACGAAGGCUGUCACUGUGGACCACGACGUGUGGCAAGGUUGGACUAUGUUUGAAAUCCUGAAGUAUGCUCCUCUCCACAACUGGAAAGCUUAUGAGCUCCUGCUGCAAAGUAACCCAAUUUUGGCGAAGAUGAUGAUCAGCGGAGUUGUUUACUCUAUCGGAGACUGGAUUGGACAGUGUGUGGAGGGAAAGCCAGUUCUAGAAUUCGACAGAUCAAGGCUCCUGAGAUCGGGUCUCGUGGGGUUUUGCCUUCAUGGAAUGUUGUCGCAUCACUACUACCAUGUUUGCGAGUUUUUGUUUCCCUUCCAAGGAUGGUGGGUGGUCCCAUUGAAAGUAGCCUUUGAUCAAACUAUCUGGUCGGCUGUCUGGAACAGCAUUUACUUCGUCACCCUCGGACUGCUCCGGUUUGAAUCGCCAGUGCGGAUUCUCAAGGACUUGAGAGAAACAUUUUUCCCUCUUUUAACGGCUGGCUGGAAGUUAUGGCCAUUUGCACAUCUCAUUACUUACGGAUUAGUGCCAGUAGAGCAACGUUUGCUGUGGGUGGACUGCGUGGAGAUCAUUUGGGUCACCAUUCUCUCCAUGUUUUCUAAUGAGAAAUCCCAGAAGAGACUAGAAUCAGGUGAGGGUGAGGCGGUGCUAGUAUUAUCUGAUGAGGUUGUAGUUGAGGAGACUGUUUUUACGAAGGAUUCACAAUGAAGAAUUUGGCGACAUACAUGUUUCUCGCUAGCGUAGCAGCAUCGUCUCAUUCAUAUACAUACAUAAAUAUGUAUAUACAUGAAAUGAGCUGGUGGCUCAAGUUGAGGUUUUGUAAAUAGAUGACUUCUUCAUAUUGAGUGCUGAUGUUCUUCGCUUAUUUGUUGCUGUAGGAAUUAGUACUGUUAGUUUACAGGCGGUGGGUAAAUCCCUAUCGCAAUGCAAUUUUGAGCUUAUUGGUAUGCAACAUGAUAAUUGCUUGUCAAGCCUCAAAUUGUACUUACUGUUGGACACUUAAAUCUUUGAAAAUGUAUACUUUUACAUUCAUUUCACUCA